AUGAUUUUCUUCGAUGAAUUGAUGGGGAGUGAAAAAAACAUCGCUAUAGCCGUUGCUUCUUCAGGAAUUGCUACGACUUUGAUAGACGGAGGUAAAACAGAUCACUCUGCCUUUAAAUUACCUCUCAAUUUAGGUUAUUCUGAGUCUCCACUUUGUAACAUCUCUAAACAGAGUGAUAUGGCUCAUGUGCUGCGAGAAACAAAAAUUAUUAUCUGGGACGAAUGCACUAUGGCUCACAAAAAUGGUAUUGAAGCUCUAAACAGAUUGCUCAAAGAUAUUAGAGGUUGCGACCGAAUUAUGGGAGGAGUAAUUGUUCUCUUGGCCGGUGAUUUUAGACAAACUUUGCCUGUUGUGCCACGAGGAACACGUGCAGAUGAAGUUAAAGCCUGUGAUGGCAAAAUUCCGGAAGAAGACGGAAGAAUAAACGUGUCCUAUAUUAAUUGUGAAACUGUCCCAGAUUUAAUCACCUUGACUGACAAAAUAUACCCGAAUAUUGACAAAGCUGGCGAUAAUUGUAGUUCAUGGUUAAAGGAGAGAGCCAUCCUCACACCAACCAAUGAACAAGUCAAUUGUAUUAACAACUUUUUGCUGGAGAAACUGCCAACUGAGCAAGUAAGAUAUGAAUCGGUGGACAAAGUACUGGAGGAUGAAGAAGCUGUCCACUAUCCUGUUGAAUUCUUACACACACUCAAUCCACCAGGGAUACCACCUCAUGUUCUUCAACUCAAGAUUGGCACUCCAAUAAUGUUGCUCCGCAAUUUGAAUCCGCCAAAAUUAUGUAAUGGUACCAGGCUUCAAGUCAAGGUCUUACACAAAAAUGUAUUUAAGCCAUGA